CUCCCGGGCCCCGUGCGGAAGAAGUUGUUUGCUUGCAGAUGUUGAUGCCCAAGAAGAACCGGAUUGCCAUCUACGAACUCCUCUUUAAGGAAGGCGUGAUGGUUGCCAAGAAAGAUGUCCAUAUGCCCAAACACCCCGAGCUGGCCGACAAGAACGUGCCCAACCUUCACGUGAUGAAGGCCAUGCAGUCUCUCAAAUCUCGAGGCUACGUGAAGGAGCAGUUUGCCUGGAGACAUUUCUAUUGGUACCUCACCAACGAGGGCAUCCAGUAUCUCCGAGAUUACCUCCACCUGCCUCCGGAGAUUGUGCCCGCCACCCUGCGCCGCAGCCGUCCCGAGACUGGCAGGCCUCGGCCCAAAGGUCCAGAGGGUGAGCGGCCUGCAAGAUUCACAAGAGGGGAGGCAGACAGAGACACCUACAGAAGGAGCGCCGUGCCUCCUGGUGCUGACAAGAAAGCCGAGGCUGGGGCCGGCUCAGCGACGGAAUUCCAGUUUAGAGGCGGCUUCGGUCGUGGACGUGGUCAGCCCCCACAGUGAAGUUGCAGAGUGUGUUGUGAAU